CACGGCUUCUUAACUUUUUCUCACGGAGUGCGGGGCAGCCCGACAAUACGGAGCACCUACCGUAAUCACCCAAGAAUACCAAAGAAGCACCGCUCUAGGGAUAGAUUUGCGCCGCUAUUAUCACAACAUUCGAGGGCUUUCUCCCGCAUUUCCGAAGUCGAUCCUUCCACCACACGAUCACUCGUCAUCCUAGUGCCCCUCAUCCUCUCGCUUGAUAUUCUGAGAUAAUCGCCCCGAAUCUGGUCGUCCCUAUUCGACAACGCCACGCCACAAGUUCCGAUUAGACCUCAACGCGGUCGUUGCCCAGUCAAGAGUCUUGCCUUCUUUUGCCAGCGAGCGCCGACCGCAACAAACACUAACCGCUGCCGAUUACGCCUCGCCGAUUACGCCUCGCCGGGGAUCGCCAUGUCCUUGCCCAAGCGCAUUGUGAAGGAGACCGAGCGCCUUAUGGCGGAGCCAGUCCCUGGUAUCAGCGCCGUGCCCCACGAAGACAACCUCCGCUACUUCGACGUCGAGAUCCACGGGCCAUCACAGUCUCCAUAUGAAGGUGGCAUAUUCAAGCUCGAGCUCUUCCUCCCCGAGGACUACCCGAUGACGGCGCCCAAGAUCCGAUUCCUGACCAAAAUCUUCCACCCCAACGUCGAUAAGCUUGGCCGAAUCUGUCUGGACGUCCUGAAAAAUAACUGGUCUCCGGCCCUCCAGAUCCGCACCAUUCUUCUCUCCAUCCAGGCGCUACUUGGCGCCCCCAAUCCCGAUGACCCCCUCGCGGCCGAUGUGGCCAAGAGCUGGAAGGAGAACGAGCAAGCUGCGAUAGAAACUGCCAAGGAGUGGACGGCCAAAUAUGCCCAGCCAGCCCAGUAGGGCGGGUGAUGAAGGAAUAGACCCGAUGUCGAGUGUCAAUUAUUCUUAUUGUUUUUUCUGUCUUUCGUCCCCCUUUUCUUUUAUACUUUUUUUCUUCUUGGGAACAACGCCGCGCAUGGGUUAUCAAAUCGUUGCGAGAUCGUUGCGAGACGGCAUAAGCCGUAAAGUGAGCACGUGUAUUUCAACGGCCGGCCAGAGCAGAGUUUGGUAGAAUCGUGCGCAUCUUAGAUGUCGCAGCGCCUUCUGAGUACCUAUGCAGGGAAGCAGAUUAGGGAAGAAAGCUUAUUCCUCAGUGAGACAGUAGUAAUGAAGACGGAAGAUGGAUAUUCAUGCGCCAAAGGGAGAAACCAUGCACUAUUUCCGAUCGCCGUCUC